AUGUCCUCGAAAUCAUUACUUGAUCUCCCAUUGGGAAUUAGAUUAAAAAUUAUCCAUUACCUUCCCCAACAAGCCAUCAUUAAUCUUGCAUUGACAAAUUUUGAAUUUUACCACCCAUGUAUGAAACAACUCUAUCGUGAGAUAGCCAUCCAACCAGAUCCGCCAUUACGGAAUGAUAAUAGAUCCAGAGAGAGUGACUUUCAAGAUACUUCCAAGACAGUGAUUUAUGGAUUUCAGCACAAACGGGGAAAGAUUGUGAAAGCAGAAAUUCAAGAAAAGAUGAUUGUUGCCAGAUUGAAGGUUCUAGUGCAGAGUUUGAAGGUGAAUCAGGAAUUAAUCGGAUAUAUAGAAGAGAUAUACGUGCUUGGAGAUCAAUGUUCAAAGCAUGAGGAUAUUGCUGGGGUGUUGAAUGAAUUGAUUGGGGUAUUGGAGAAAUUGAAACGUUUUUAUGUUGGUGAUUACAGACUAAGAAAACAAUUGGAUAUGUCUUGUUUGAAGCUCGAAUCUGUUGUUGUUGACGAAGAAGAUUUGCAAUACGAUGAGCAUGUGGAAGAAUUAUUGAUUGGCCACAAUGAAACAUUGACUAAUUUGAACAAGUUUGCGCCUCAUUUGAAAUCAUUGAUUUUGCCUGAUGAUAGAAUUGAAUAUUGGAGCUGGAUGAAUCAUAAUUUACUAAGACAUAAAAUCCAUAUGCCCAAACUUGAAAGGAUUAAGAUUGUAUUUAGUAUAGAAGAAUGGGAAUUAAACUUACAGUUGAUCGAAUUGAUCAGCUGGGAAAAUAUAACCCAAUUAGAGUUGAUAAUAGGAUACAAAGAGAACGAAACAGAUUACGUGAUUGAUUUCUAUAAUUUAAUUCCCGAAUGUCCUAAGUUAAUCAAGCUUUCAAUUAUCCAAGGUGAUAUAUUUCCAACUCAUUCCGUAAAUGAAGUCUUCGAUUUGAACACCUUUAACUUUUUGACAAAUGUCUUAUCUACAUCACCCAAAUUGUCCUAUUUGUCUAUUAAACAUAAUACAUUACAAUUAGGAGACUUCCCUGAUGGAGUUGAAGGAAAUUAUUUCAGAAGAUGGGAAAUAUACAUGGUAAUCUUACCCAAAAUAAUCAACUCACAUAAACUCAUUGUAAUAUUACCAAACUUGUUGCAAUCAUUUGCAGGGUAUGAGCAGUACAUGAACCACAUCUUAUGGAAUGGAUGCAAGUGUUCUUAUUGUGAAAAAUGUCUUGGAAAACUAGACAAGUACUUAUUGUAUCACAAAUACUUCAAUUCGAAACUUGGAAAAUACAGAGACUUAAAUGCUUCUCAUUUAUUCACCACAAUAGCUUACCAAUUAAACCAACGGAUGGUACUGGAUGAAUUAUUGACACAAUUGAACCAUUUAGCCUUUCCAUUGAAAAAUAAACUUUGGGACUUCCAUUGGAAUACUAGUGGGAGACGUUUUAGAUGUUAUGAUAUCCAAACUAUAGAUCAAGAGGAGUAUGAUGACGACACAUAUGUUCCCCAAUCUGAGAUUGAAUGCAAAUUCGAUAAUUCAUUGUAUUCAUACGUGCCUUCAAGUAUGGCACAUUAUGUAGAUGGAUUAGUUCAGAAACUAAUAAACUUGAACAGAGGAAAUGCUGAGGCUGAUCAAGAUGAAGAAUUAGUGGACGGUGGUGAUGUGGCAUUUAGAUUAAAUAUUCAUAAAUUAAUUAUCAAUGGAUUCAGUUACACUCUUGAUAAAGAAAUUAAUGGUACCCACUUUUACGAGAAUGUUUACGAUCGGUUGAUUACUUAA